CUUCUUUCCCCUCCCCGAUUCUCGUUUUGUUGCGCGAGACCACAAUUCGUUCGCCGUUGGCCGCUUAAAAAGAAAGAAGAAGAAAAAAAGAAAAGUCGAGGUUUCGGCGCUCGGAAGCUCUCGCGUGACUACCAGAGAAGGCUUGAGCGAGACACACAAACACACACUCACAGAGCGCGUUAGUGCGCAGGCGCACGCGCGCGCCUUUCCCUCCUCUUCCCUCUUUUCUCCAACCCCUCCCGCACCCAUUCGCUGCCUUCCCUCCUCCUCAUCCGCCGCCGCCGCCGCCGCCUUUGGGGCCCCGCCGCAUCACGUGACGGCGCCAGGUUUUUAAUGUUUACAUUCGAAGCGGGCGGCCCGCGGCGGCGCCCCUCCCCCGCUCCCCGCCUCAGUCUCCUCAGCGGCCGCCACCAACACCGCCACGACCUCCUCCACCGCCACGACCUCCUCCUCCGCCACCCGGUGACCGUUUCGCUUUCAUUUCCGGGCGGCAACAACUACCACCACCACAACGACGCCGACGGGCCUCCGUGAGAAGGAGCCGCCGCCGCUGCUGCUGCUUCUCAGCCUGAAACACCGCCGCGGCUGCUACAGCCGCCGCCUCCACACGCCUGUAAGGGAAACGGAAGGAGGCCACAAGAAAGGGAGCCGGGCGGUGGGCCGAGGGCCCUGCUGCCCCUCCGCCUCGUCCGGCUGCCCUAUCGCCGUUGCCGACGCCGCCGACAUGGAGGAGCUGGUGGUGGAGGUGCGAGGCUCCAACGGGGCCUUCUACAAGGCUUUUGUGAAGGAUGUGCAUGAAGAUUCAAUAACUGUUGCAUUUGAAAAUAACUGGCAGCCAGAGAGACAGAUUCCAUUCCAUGAUGUUAGGUUUCCUCCACCUGCUGGGUACAAUAAAGAUAUAAAUGAAAGUGAUGAAGUUGAGGUUUAUUCCAGAGCUAAUGAAAAGGAACCAUGUUGCUGGUGGCUGGCUAAAGUCAGAAUGAUAAAGGGUGAGUUUUAUGUAAUAGAAUAUGCAGCCUGUGAUGCUACCUACAAUGAAAUUGUAACAAUUGAGCGUCUAAGAUCUGUGAAUCCCAACAAACCCGCAACAAAGGAUACAUUUCAUAAGAUCAAACUUGAUGUGCCAGAAGAUUUAAGGCAAAUGUGUGCUAAAGAAUCUGCACACAAGGACUUCAAAAAGGCAGUUGGGGCAUUUUCAGUAACGUAUGAUUCUGAAGCUCAUCAGCUCAUAAUUUUGUCUAUCAAUGAGGUAACAACAAAACGUGCAAAUAUGCUCAUUGAUAUGCACUUUCGAAGUCUUCGCACCAAGUUAUCAUUGAUAAUGAGAAAUGAAGAAGCAAGCAAACAAUUAGAGAGCUCAAGGCAGCUUGCUUCACGAUUUCAUGAACAGUUCAUUGUACGUGAAGAUUUGAUGGGUCUGGCCAUUGGCACUCACGGUGCUAAUAUUCAGCAAGCCAGGAAAGUACCAGGUGUGACAGCUAUAGAUCUUGAUGAAGACACUUGUACAUUCCAUAUUUAUGGGGAGGAUCAGGAUGCAGUGAAGAAGGCAAGAAGUUACCUUGAAUUUGCUGAAGAUGUCAUUCAAGUCCCAAGAAACUUAGUAGGAAAAGUUAUAGGAAAAAAUGGAAAACUCAUUCAAGAGAUCGUGGAUAAAUCUGGUGUUGUGAGAGUGAGAAUUGAGGCUGAAAAUGAUAAAAAUAUUCCACAAGAGGAGGCGUUAGUUGUGUCAUCAACUGUAGCAGGGAGAAAGCAAAAACCUGAACUCAAAACUUGGCAGGGAAUGGUCCCAUUUGUCUUCGUGGGAACCAAGGACAGCAUUACAAAUGCCACAGUUCUUUUGGAUUAUCACCUCAAUUAUUUAAAGGAAGUGGAUCAACUGCGUUUGGAGAGAUUGCAAAUUGAUGAACAACUUCGACAGAUUGGGGCUACUUCUAGACCACCACCAAACCGCACAGAUAAAGAGAAAGGGUACAUGACUGAUGAUGGCCCAGGCCUUGGACGAGGUAGCCGACCCUACAGAAACAGAGGGCAUGGCAGACGUGGACCAGGCUAUGCUUCAGGAACUAACUCUGAAGCAUCAAAUGCUUCUGAAACAGAAUCUGACCACAGAGAUGAGCUUAGUGACUGGUCGUUAGCCCCAGCAGAAGAAGAGCGUGACAGCUACCUUCGCAGAGGAGAUGGGCGGAGGCGUGGCGGAGGCGCACGCGGUCAAGGAGGAAGAGGUCGGGGAGGUUUCAAAGGAAAUGACGAACAGUCACGAACAGAUAACCGUCAGCGUAAUUCAAGAGAUACUAAAGGGAGAACAACAGAUGGGUCACUUCAGAUCAGAAUUGACUGCAAUAAUGAAAGGAGUGUCCACACUAAAACAUUACAGAAUACCUCCAGCGAUGGUAGCCGGCUGCGCACGGGUAAAGAUCGUAACCAGAAGAAAGAGAAGUCAGACAGCGGGGAUGGUCAGCAACCAUUGGUGAAUGGAGUACCCUAAACUGCAUAGUUUGAGAAGUCAUAUUUCCUAAACUGUUCAGUAAAUCUUAUUCCACAUUAGAGAAGCAUAUUAGGCCAAAGACAAGUAGUAGGCAAGAUGGCGCAGGGCAUGAAAUGAAUAUAAAAAGUUCUGUUCGCCUUUUUUAACAUCAGCAGUAUGCAGUUUUUUCAAAAUAAGACAUUAUACUUGCAUUAAAAAUACCUUGAACUUCUGGAAAAAAUGCUUUCAAGUACAUAUUGCACUUCAAACAAUGAGAGAAUCCUUUUGUUUGUUUAAAAAUACUGAACUGUGCAUUGGUAUUUCUGUUCAGUUGUACCAUUUUAACGCAUCUGGUCAAAAUCACUGCUAAAUUUCAAUUUUCAGAAUAAAUAGUGUUUGCGGUAAUCAAA